AGAGAACCUGAGCUCAGCUUCCUCCAAACUCCAGACCACAGACUACAGCAGCUGCGCUGAGGCACCUGACGUCCGCGAGGUUGCUACGGUUGCUGAGGUAUCUGAGAUGGGUUCCACGCUGAAUGAGCAGUAUGAGGAGAAGGUCAGGCCGUGUAUUGAUCUGAUAGAUUCUCUCAGAUCUCAGGGGGUGGAGAAGGACCUGGCGCUGCCCGCCAUCGCUGUUAUAGGAGACCAGAGCUCCGGCAAGAGCUCCGUGCUGGAGGCGCUCAGCGGGGUCGCCCUACCCAGAGGCAGCGGUAUCGUGACGCGAUGUCCUCUGGAGCUGAAGAUGAAGAGGUGCCGGGAGGAGGACAGCUGGCACGGGAAGAUCAGCUACGACGGCUACGAAGAGGAGUUAGAUGAUCCAGCCGAGGUGGAGAGCAAGAUCAGAGAAGCCCAGGAUAAAAUAGCCGGGGUUGGAGUGGGGAUCAGUGAUGACCUCAUCAGUCUGGAGAUAACUUCUUCCAACGUUCCUGAUCUCACACUUAUCGACCUGCCGGGGAUCGCACGAGUCGCCGUCAAGGGCCAACCAGAAGACAUCGGAGACCAGAUUAAGAGGCUGAUCCGGAAGUUCAUCACCAAGCAGGAAACGAUUAACCUGGUGGUGGUGCCGUGCAACGUGGACAUCGCCACCACUGAAGCUCUGAAGAUGGCUCAGGUGGAGGAUCCGAAUGGAGAGAGGACUCUAGGCAUCCUGACGAAGCCGGACCUGGUGGAUAAGGGGACGGAGGAGACGGUGGUGGAGAUCGUUAAUAACGAGAUCAUUAAUCUGACUAAAGGCUACAUGAUCGUUCGCUGCAGAGGACAGAAGGAGAUAAUAGACCGCGUGUCUCUGACUGAAGCCACGGAGAAGGAGAAGGCCUUCUUCAGGGAUCAUCCUCACUUCAGCGCGCUGUACGACGACGGCAAAGCCACCGUCCCCAAACUCGCUGAGAAACUGACGCUGGAGCUGGUCCAUCACAUCGAGAAAUCGCUGCCGAGGCUUGAGGAGCAGAUCGAGGCGAAGCUGGCCGAGACCCAGGACGAGCUGGAAAAGUACGGCAAUGGUCCGCCCAUGGAGCCCAGCGAGCGCAUCUACUAUCUGAUUGAUAAAGUGACGGCGUUCACUCAGGACGCUCUGAACCUGACCAUGGGGGAGGAGCUUAGGACUGCCCCCCACCUCAACAUCUUCUCCAACCUAAGGAUAAAGUUCGAGAGCUGGAAGCAGCACCUGGACCAAUCAGGAGAGACCUUUAACAGGCGAAUUGAGAAGGAAGUGCAGGAGUAUGAGGUUAAGUACCGGGGCCGGGAACUUCCAGGAUUCAUUAACUACAAGACCUUCGAGGUGAUGGUGAAGGACCAGAUCAAGAAGCUGGAGGAACCUGCUGUCAGGAAGCUGAAGGAGAUCUCAGAUCUUAUUAGAAAGGGCUUCAUCCAGUUGGCUCAGAACAGCUUUGUGGGCUUCCCCAACCUUCUCAGAACAGCAAAGACCAGGAUCGACAGUAUAAAACAGGAGAAGGAGGCGGAGGCCGAGUCGAUGUUGAGGACCCAGUUUAAGAUGGAGCUGAUCAUCUACACUCAGGACAGCACCUACAGCAACACCCUGAUUUCUCUGAAGCAUGAAGAGGAGGAGGGUGAAGAACAGAAAGGAGGAAAUUCCUACGUAGUCUCUGGUUUUGGUUUUUCCAGUCUGCUCUCCAACACGAACAACCACGCCACCCUGCAGGAACUGAUGCGGCACCUCAAGUCCUACUACGGCAUUGCGAGUAAGCGUCUGGCGGACCAGGUCCCGCUGAUGAUCCGGUACCUGCUGCUGCAGGAGGCGGCGCUGCAGCUGCAGAGGGACAUGCUGCAGCUGAUACAGGACAAGGACUGCACCGAGACCCUGCUCAAAGAGGACCACGACAUCGGCAACAAGCGCGCCAACCUGCUGAGCCGCCAGAAACGCCUGAUGAAAGCCCACAGCUACCUCGUCAAGUUUUAGCGCAUCCAGACUGAAAUGACUGGAUGAAGAAAUUCAUUAAAUUACUAAUUUCAUUUUAGUCUAAAUAACUAUAUAUACAACCGGCAGGUUUUCUUUAUGUAUCCUUAUCUUACUUUUGUUCAGUUGUUCCAUUAUUUACAGAGGACUAGGUUAUAAGGUGUGAUCAUCAGUGUAGAUGUUUUGGGGUGGGUAUCUGGUAGCUAAACCAAAGAUGAGGUUUUAGAUUCAGUUUCUAAAGUAUAUAGAUAAAGAAAAUCAAGAAAUUUUAUCAGUGUAUUGAAAUGUGCCACAGUUCCAACAGAUUUAAUGUACUGGGUAAGCAUGGACCAUUUACACCAAUGGAUCAAUUAUUAGGAAGGUUUCAAUAUGGGUUUAAGAUAUAUGCUACUGUAGCUAGCUGAUAGCUAGCAAUCAGUGUCUCAGAAAAUUUGAAUAUCAUAUAAGACUAAUUAGUACUUUUGCAAGUCCUGCUGGAAAAUGAAAUCUGCACCUCCAUAAAAGCCAUUUUUGUGGAGAUGGAAGCAUGAAGUGAUGUAAGAUUUUCCUGGAAAACACUGCACUGACUUUGGACUUGAUAAUACAACACAGUAGUGUCCAAGCUGCUUAAGGUCUAGUUUGAAAUCUCUACAAUCAGUGAUGGUUUGGUUGGAGAGUCAUGUCUGUCAUCUGCUGGUGUUGAUCCACUGUGUUUUAUUAUUAAGUCUGUCAGUGCAGUUUUGUUUUCCCACAAAAUCUUACAGCACUUCAUGCUUCCCUCUUCUGACAGCUUUUAUGGAGAAGCAGAUUUCAUUUUCCAGCAGUAAUGGGAACACUGCCCACACUGCCAAAAGUACCAAUUGGAUUUAUAUAAUAUUCAAAUUUUUUGAGAUUAGUUUCUAGUAAACGUUACCUCAGACAGAAGAACUGGGCUCAAGAACAACGUCCAAGUCAAUCUCAAACGAAGUCAAAAAGAGGACAAGACUACCGAUUGCUUGAAGACCAAGCACUGAAGACCAAAAUCAAGCACUCGAGUACUAAAACACUACAUUUGCGUUUGUAGGAAAGAGCAACCUGGCCAAAAAUUCUGCUAAAUUAUCCUUUAUACUGUGGGCCAGACAUUAAUCAGUGCAACUAAUUACACCAGCUCUACUUCUGUGCUGUACUUUGUGUGUUAGUAUUAUAUGAAGGUGUUUGGCUGCCUCUUUAAGUGAGUGCAGAGAAGUUCCCUGCAGGUCAGUUUUAUUAAGGUCAGCAAGAUUUAUUAAGGUGCUUAAUUCUGCUGGACAUUUUCUUUAGACCAAGCCUCAGUUGCUGAAAUAUAUUAAUAAAUCUGUUCUGUCUGUAUCUGACUAUUAUACUGUAUACGGUUUGCAAAUAAAUAGAUUUGUUUCAUUCUA